AUGAAAGACAGUCCGUUGCGUUUACCACAAGGCCCACCGCGACUACCGUUUCUCGGAAAUUUGCUCAACUUUCCUCAAGCGCGGUGGUAUGAGACGUUUAGCUCCUGGGCAGCGGAGCAUCUGGACAAUGGAUCCGAUGAGACAGUCGAAAGAUCAUCUGGAAAAAAACCAAAAAAUAAUUGGGAUCUCAUGUAUCUCAAUUUAUUUGGCUUUCAUUUGGUCGUCAUCCACAGCUGGCAAAUCGCAAAGGACCUCAUGGAGAAGCGAGGUGCGAUUCACUCUGGUCGACCUAGAGACAUGAUGAGCUACUAUGUGAUGGGGUGGAAUUGGAACGUCGCCCUCGCCCAACCAGGAGGCUUUCAUACUGAGUGUCGUACCAUCUUUAAGCGUGGAAUUGGACAGAAACAAGUCGCACGGCAUGAUGCAAUCGUCGUGGAAGAGACGCAGAGGAUGCUCGAAGAGCUGGCUAAUGUCCGAGGAGACCCAUGGAAUGUCUUCCAAGCUCGCAUUGGAGCCGUUGUGGUUCGAAUCACGUACGGCGACAGCAUCUACAAGGAGCACGGCAGAGAAAUGUCGGCUCUCAACCACGAGAUGCUCGACCUCUUCACCUGGGUCUCGACGCAGUUUUGGCUCGUUAACUAUAUCCAAAGGCUUCGCUUCUUACCUGACUGGUUCCCUCUUCCGUUUAAGAAGAUGGUAGAUCACUUUAAACGAGGUAUAGCCGGACCUAGCAUCGCACUGGAAUACCUCGAAAAGAACGAAAAUCCCGACACAGUCCGGGAUGCGCUGGGAAUGAUGUAUAGUGCUGGGGUGGAUACAACAGCAUCGACGUUUGCAAGCUUUAUCUCCCAAAUGCUACUCCACCCGCAUGUCCAGAGGAGGAUCCAAGCUGAAAUAGACGGGAAAAUGGGUCCAGGCGACGCUCUACCCUCGUUUGAACAGCGGCCACAGUUCCGCUAUCUCGAUGCGGCUUGGCGAGAGUCGAUGCGACUGAAUCCCGCGGCCCCCCUGGGCAUAUCGCAUGUCUCUCUAAAGGAGGACGUUUAUGAAGGAUACUAUAUCCCGAAGUUUACGGGUGUCAUCAGUAAUAUAGGAUUCAUGUGCCGCGACCCGCGUGUUUUCACCAACCCAGACUCGUACACUCCCGAACGGUGGCUCCCAGAUGUUAACCCCGGCGCAUCCGAUUUGCCUGACGUAUAUGAUAUUGUAUUCGGAUUUGGGCGGAGGUUUGACUUUAUCUCUUCAGUGGUAGUGUCUGAAAUAGAAGAUAGGAUAUGCCCCGGACGAUUCCUCGCAGACAGGAUUGGCUUCACGUUCGCUGCUGCAGUGCUCAAGACAUACGAUAUUUUGCCCUUAGAAGGUGAAGGACUACCGAAAGAGUUUGAAUAUAAAGACGCUAUCACGCGACGACCAGAAGGCGUUCGCUGCCGCUUCGUUCCGCGAAAACAAGACUAG